AGUGACGUUUUUUGCUGCUGUUGCGGUUCACAAAAUUGUUUUCGUUCCACGACGUCUUCAAUGUCGCAAACCAUUACAUUUAUCUAUUUACCACUGAAAUAAAGGCGUGGAAAAUACAAUUCAGGUGGCGCUAAGCUCUCUGCCAUGUCUUUGGAGAAGACCUCCGACCUGGCCAAUGAGAACACAUGCUUGCCAUCCUCGCUGACCCUUGACCUCCGCUCCCCUCAGUUUGAUUCUGACCUGAGCAAGAAGGCCAAAGGCACCACCACCUCCUCCACCAAGAAGCGCCACAACUAUGCCACAUCCACACCUUUGGACCUGCUGAAUGGCACCAUGGGUAGCAAUUGCAUCGAUGAGGAAGAGUCCAGUCAACAGAGAGAGGAGGAGAGGGUCCGGAACCAGGAGAACGAGCAAGGACAGCACUGCACCGGGAACAAUGCCAAGUGGCUCAAGGAGGGUCAGAAUCAACUUCGCAAAGUGGCAGAGAGGCAGCAGGACCAGAAUAUAAAUUCUGACCAGGAUUUGAAUCACAACGAGAGCCCAGAUGGAAACCCCAACCAUAACUCUUUAGUGAUGGACCAGCAGGAGGAAGACAGUGAACAGAACCCUUCUUCUAAGACCCUGAGGUCCCUCUGCUCUGACCUGAAUGAGCCUCUGCUGAUCGACACCUCAGAGACCCCUCAUGGGAAGGAGGAAGAAGAGAAAGAGGACGGGGAUGAGGAAGAGUCUCUACUACUUCCAACAAGUGGAGAGAAGGACACGGACUCGUCUGAGGCGCAGAGUAGCAGUGAGUCUCAGACAUAUGACAGUGGAGAAGUGAAGAACACAUGCCUGCUGUUUCAGGGCAGAAACGCAGCACCCAGUGAUGAGGACUCCAGUUGCAUGUCACUGUCUCAGGGCAGCACAGCCAACAGCACGCCAGACAGUGACCCAGAGUCUUACUGGGACCGCAGUGCAUUUGAGACGGACACAGACCUGCCUGCAGGGUGGAUGCGGGUCAGAGACGAGUCGGGUACCUACUACUGGCACAUCCCCACAGGCACCACCCAGUGGGAGCCCCCCUCUCCCCUAGAGGAGGGAGAAGCCCCAGAAAGACCCUCCAGUACCUCCCCUGCCAUCACUCCCAACGCGGAGCCAACGUUGAUGUGGAAUAGUCUCACCCAGUCCCGCCCCAACAGGUUUAAUGACGAGGAGUUCUGGAAGGAGGAAGAUGCCAUGGCUGAUCAGACCCUGAAGGAUUUUGAAGGAGCCACAUUGCGUUAUGCCUCUAUCAACCUCAACUGCUCACAAUCUGAAGAAAAGGAAAAGAUGAACUCGCUCAUCAAUGACCCGGAGGCUAAGGUUUUUGCAGUCCGGUCUCUGGGCUGGGUGGAGAUAUCAGAGGAGGAGAUGGCUCCAGGGAAGAGCAGUGUGGCUGUCAACAACUGCAUCAGACAGCUCUCCUACCACAAACACAACCUGCACGACACGGCUGGGAUCUGGGGAGAGGGAAAAGACAUGCUCCUUGUUCUGGAGAAUGAGAUCUUGAACCUGAUAGAUCCGUUGGGCCAGACUCUGCUGCACACCCAGCCUAUCGUCAGCAUCCGAGUGUGGGGAGUGGGCCGGGACAACGGCAGGGACUUUGCCUACGUGGCGAGAGACAAACUGACUCAUGUUCUGAAGUGCCAUGUGUUCAGGUGUGACACACCUGCUAAGAACAUUGCCACGAGCAUGCAUGACAUCUGCUCUAAGAUAAUGGCCCAAAGGAAGUCAUCCAAAUCCUCUCUGAACAGACUCAACACAGACCCCUCUAAACUGGCAGACAUUCCUUUCCAGGAAUUCCCUGCACCAAAGAAUGAGCUAGUCCAGCGCUUCCAGGUAUGUUACCUGGGGAACGUGCCUGUGGCCAAACCCGUAGGUAAGGAACGCUUUGGUAUGGACCUAGUUAACGUUGCCCUCGACACAGCAAUGAAUUCCAAAGACAAGGAAGAGUGGACGUCAGUUACUGUGAACGUGGCCUCAGCCACACUUACCAUAAUCGCUGCUGAGACAGAGGAGGUUCUGUCAGAGUGCCGGGUGCGGUUCCUGUCCUUCAUGGGCGUGGGGAAGGACGUCCACACCUUUGCCUUCAUCAUGGCCGAGGGCCCCGGGGACUUCAUCUGCCACAUGUUCUGGUGUGAGCCCAACGCAGCCAGCCUCAGUGAGGCCGUGCAGGCCGCCUGCAUGCUGCGCUACCAGAAGUGUCUGGACGCCAGGCCGCCCAGUACCAGCGCCUGCCUGCCAGGCCCGCCGGCUGACUCCGUGGCACGCCGUGUGGGCUCAAGUGUCAAGAAGGGAGUUCAGAGCCUGCUGGGCAGCUUCAAGAGGUCUGGCUCCCAGACGCCCUGAGAGGUGCCAACUAACCCACUACACACCACUCUACCCCCAGGCCAAGCCCACCAUGAUAGCCAUGGCUCUCCUCACUCCUCCACUGCCUCUCUAUCGCCCCCAUUCUGAGGUGUUAUGGUAGAACCUGCUUCCCUUCUCAUGGGCACUGUGGGUUGGGGUACCAGUAAACCUAGCGCUGCCCACAGCUCCUCCAUGUGUUACACUUCCUUCACUUCACCUUUGGUUGGACAAGUAGGCCAUCUUUUUCUUCAGUUUGUUUAAUCUGUGAAUUAUUAAAGGUCCAAUGCAGAAGUUAUCUCUAUCAAAUAAUUUCCGGGUAAGAAGUACCUUACUGUGAUAUGUUUUCAGGUAAAAUGGUCAAAAAUAAACAAAAAUAGCUUCUUAGCAAAGAGCAGUUUCUCAAGAAUUUAGCUAGGACUGUCAGGGAGUGGUCUGAGGGUGGGAACCGAAAAUUAUAUUUUAUUGGAAGAGAUGUUUGGAACUCUUUCUAAUUGGUCUGUUAAGAGGAAACUGCUGGACUCUUGGACAGUGGUUUGAAUGACAGCAAGAGUUGAUUAAACUUGGUCUAGUUUACAAAGUACCAACACUAAUUAUGCUUAGGAAAACAGUUCCGUUCUGUAACAUUGUCUCUGCUAUUUGUUUUGCAGAACAAAUAUAGUAUAUUAUUUGUGAAAAUAGAAAUGGAAGAUGUGCAAUUGAGUUGUGAAUGUGGUUGAGCUCAUGCCAUGUGCUUGUGGAACUAUCAUGUUGGUUUUCAUUUCAAAAUGGAUAUAGACUAGAAACAGUGGCAUGAGAAGUCAACAUAAAAUGCAGCAUGGUGAAUGAGUGUUGAGCUGGAAGCACUAAAACAUGCUAGCUAGCUAAUAUAAUAUUUGGCAAAUAAAUAUUUUGGAUAUAUAUAGUUUGUAUAGUACAUUUGUUGUAAUGCCGUUUUGUUUUAAGUUCCCUCUUCCUUCUGGCGGAGCUGGAAAACCAGCAACAUUUUUAUUUGUAUGUGUAUUGCAAAUUGCAGUAAAAUGUGUAUAGUUCAACUCCUCAUCUAAAAUGGAGAUGGCAUACUUUUAGAGCAUGACUCAAGUUUUAGUGAAACCUCUCAUGUCUCAAAGAAAGCUUAGGCUAUCUGUUACUGCACUCCAAGUGGACAGUAUGUUGGAGGAAGAUGGAAGCUUUCUAUUGUGUGGAAAUGGACCUGAAGUUGAUUUUGUCAUCCUUUUUUUAUGACCAGAUGUUGUAUGUUAGUCUGUUUAACCACAUUCUUUUUUAUCUGUUUAACAAUUAUGUUUUUUACACGUGUCAAGUGUUAUAAUUGUUUUCCUUUACUCCAUUCUGUAUGUCUAAACAUGUUUUGUGUGUUUAAUUUAGUUACAUCUGAGCAGUGACAGAGCUAUUUAUAGCUACCCCCUUGUCCUUUCAAACUGUUUAUAAGAUCUGACAACUUUUAUGCCUCCUAAUUAAUUGGGUCUAAGGGAUGAAACACUACUAUCAUUGUGAUAGACAUGUCACUGAACUUGACAGCGUCUGUCAGUAACUCACAAGUCAUUUAACUCCCACUUCCUUUCUUCUUUUCUAUUUAUAAACUCCUGACUGCCCUCUGCUGGGCUUUAGAAUAGUAAUUUUUCAUUAGCAGUGUGUCUGACAACACAACAGGAGAGCUAACAAGCCUGAUGCAUUUUGUUGUGCAACGGAAAGUGUUUUUUACCCACAAACAUUGUUUGUCUAUGAAAGAGUCAGACUGAAGUAUGUGUGGAAGUUUCCUCCUUAGCGUGCAGUAUGUGUAAAUCAUAUGAACACUUCGCUGCAUAUAAACACAUCUUUAAAAUACACUAACCCAUAGUUGACUGACGAGAGCAUAGUCUUCCCUUUUUGUUUUUGAAUGCAGUUGGUUAAAAAUACUUUAAUGAAAUUAUAUUUUUCUAAGUGUGUGUGUGUAACAUAUCUGUGAGAUGGAGAUGCCUUUUUAGCCUCAGUUCCUACCACUAUGUGGUCACUGGUGCAGCAGUGUUUCCAAAUCUGUAUCGCCAUACUAGUUAUCCCCCGCCACUUUAUUGCGCCACAGUUUUCCAGCUCUCAUCUGUUUUGGACAGCAAUUUGACCAGACAGGAAGCCAUAGGUUAGGCUUUGGCCUGGCUUUAGUUGCUCGCUCACUCUUAAGUACUGACUAAUAAAAACAUAGAUACGUGUAUGUACAAUGUAGUUUUUUUUAGUAUGACAUUGUUUUUUUUGUAACUGAAUUUGUGAUUUUCAUCACGCCUAUAAUUUUUACUCCUUACUCUACACACUAAGUACUCUACACUACUUACUGUAAAUGUCAGACAUUGGUUGCCUUGUAAAAACAGAGCUUCCUGGUGUUAGUAUAUCAUUUAUUUUUAAUUCACACUGUAAUAUUGCACCAUGCUUUGAGCCCUCAAAAAUACUUUCAAGAAUUUGUGCAUGUUGUGGCUAUAGAUGUGACUGUACAUUUCACGUGUCAAAUGUUUUCCCUUCCAUUUCAAUAGUGACUUAAUACACAUGUCCCUAAUCCA